AUGGAGGAAAUUUGCAUUAUAGAAGGAGGGCUUUUCAGCUGGAUUGAUUACCUUGUUUUAGGAGUGGUUCUUGUUGGUUCAUGCUUGAUUGGAACAUUUUAUGCUUGUACAGGGCCCAAGCAGACAACUUCAGCAGACUUUCUUCUUGGAGGUUCAUCUAUGGGAACAAUACCCACUGCUUUGUCACUAGCCGCAGGCUAUAUAACUGCUAUUGAGCUUCUUGGUAAUCCUUCUGAAAUGUAUACACAUGGAAGCCAAUUCUGGAUGAUAUGCCUCUCUUUCAUCCUUGUUGUUCCUAUCACUUCUUAUUUCUAUUUACCAGUUUUUGUUAAUCUCAGGCUCACAUCUUCGUAUGAAUACUUAGAGAGGAGGUUUAAUAGACAUUCAAGGGUACUAGCAGCUACAAUGUAUUUGUUACAAAUGAUUUUAUAUACAUCAGUAGCCGUUUAUGCUCCUGCUUUGGCUUUAGGCCAUGUAACGGGAUUGAAUACAUAUGUAGCUGUUACAGUUGUCUACAUUGUCUGCAUAUUUUAUGCGUCACAGGGUGGAAUGAAAGCUGUAAUAAUGACUGAUACUUUUCAAGCUCUCGUUCUUGUUGCUUCAAUUUUUGCUGUUAUGUUGAUUGGAAAUCACUACCUUGGAGGAUUCAAACACAUUUUCGAAGCCAAUUUGAAAUCCCAUAGAAUUGAAUUGUUUAUUAUGGAUCCUAAUCCAACUGUGAGACUCAGUUUUUGGUCUGUUGUAAUUGGAGGUACAUUUUAUUGGGCUACAAUGUUCUGUGCUAAUCAGGCUUCUAUUCAAAAAUAUAUGUCUGUUGAAACCAUUGGGCAAGCGAGAAGAGCCAUAUGGACAAGUUGUUUAGGCCUUAUUAUUGUAUUUUCUAUUAACUUCUACACUGGCAUGAUCUUGUAUGAUCAAUAUCAAAAUUGUGAUCCACUCCUCAACCAGGAAAUAUCUUCUUCCGAUGAACUUUUACCAUUAUAUGUGAUGAACAUUCAAGGACAUUUAAAGGGUAUUCCUGGAUUGUUUGUAUCCGGUAUUUUUGCUGCAUCACUUGGCACUGUUGCUUCAGCUAUGAAUUCACUUGCUGCUGUCUUUAUGAAAGACAUUCUAGAUUCACUGUGCGGCAUAAUAGUCCCUGAUGAAAAAGGAGCAAUUGUUUCAAAAUGGCUCUCAUUAUGUUUCGGUAUUUUGAGUUUUGCAUUAGUAUUUGUUGUUGAACAAUUGGGGAGCGUGCUUGAGGUUGCAUUAAGUUUUAAUGGUAUAACCGGUGGCAUAACACUUGGCCUUUUCUCUCUUGGAAUGUUUUUUCCUUGGGCUAAUUCUAAAGGUGCAUUGAUUGGUGGGUUAGUCAGCCUCUUACUUGUCAGUUGGAUUGGCAUCGGAGCUCAGAUAAAUACAGCUUUGGGACAAAAUUUAUCUGAUCACAAGAUGAUUUCCAUUGAUGGUUGUCCUUGCAAUUUGACAAAUAUACUUAUUGAAGAAAUACCAGAUGAGCUACCCUUUUGGCUGUAUCGCAUCAGUUACCUUUGGUAUUCUGCGAUUGGUUGCUUAAUAACCUUUAUUGUUGGAGCCAUAGUAAGCAUCUUAACUGGUCCAACCAAACCAUCCCAUGUGGAUUCUGAACUCAUUUCUCCCCCAGUGAAUUAUAUUCUUGAUCGACUGCCAAAUAAAUAUAAAGAAAAACUGAACAUAUCUCUCAAUGAAAAAAAACCUAAAUCAAAAUCAAGUUCAAAAGAAGGUAUUGUGAAUCAAGGUUUGUCAUUGGAGCCUGAAAUCCAUGUGAGACUGUGA